ACUUCCUUCUUACCUCUAAUCGUAGGCUGGCGAAGACACGGAGAUUUGUGUGGAGCAGUCAAGAAAAUGAAUCAACUCGACUCGUCAGUCGAAAGUAAACACACGCGAAAUUACAAGACGGGUAAACUACAUAGAGGUGGCCAUUUUGAAACUUGACAACUCGCGGCCACGGAAGACAGACCCUGGGAAAAAUUGGUUUCCAAAUAUUUCAACUCGACUGUUUCGAUAAAAUUGCUUGUGGACAGUUUUUCGUUUAGUUUACGAAUCUACGUAUCAAUCGACGCCUUACUUCAGUUCGUGUGAUCUAGUGUACUAGCAGACGCUUUGUACAGUCGCGCAAUUUUCACAACAUCGCUCUUCCUCAUCUGACACGUCCUAGAUGUGACUGUUUUGUUUUUGUUUGGAAGGCAAUUGUAGGUGCCACAUUAUCUGAAAGAACACAGGUCAAAUGUCAAUUACCAUUGUCCUCUUAUGACCAGUGAUUUGUGCUAUUGUCUUCCCUUAUUUAUGUAGCCUGCCCUGAAGUUUUGAAGAAGGAUCAUGAGUAAUCGUCGAGCUCUUGCAAACUGCUCAGCUGUCAACUGCAGCAACAAGUACAAGAAGGGAUCAGGAAUAAUUUUUCAUCCAUUUCCCUUAGCCAACACUGAGCUCUCUAAAAAAUGGGUCAUUGCCAUGAGAAGGGCAAAUUUCACUCCUACCAAAGGGCAUUCUCUUUGCUCGGAACAUUUUGAAGACAACUGCUAUACAUCAGCCGCAAAUGGAAGAAGAGUUCUGAAUGUUAAUGCUAUCCCUACUAAGUUCAAUUUUCCCUUGAAGAGACCCAUAAGAGUAACAUCAGCUAAUAGCACAGCUAGUGCUACAGCACUGGAUAAAGGACUAAAGUCAGUGACGGACAAACCACCUGUAUUUGCUGCUUCACCCAUUGUUCUCAAUGGCCAGCUGCAAUCUAGUCCAGUUAGAAGAGCCUUCCUGAAAGACCACUGCUACUCGCUGCCUGGACUUCAGAAGCUGAAACGGAAGCUUGAUGAAACUGAUGGAGAUUUAGGAAAGCAGUUAUCUCUUGCUGAUGUAGAGCAAAUACUAAUACCAACAGCAUCAGACCGUGUUGGAGUAGUACCACCUUCUGCUCCUCGCCAUGCAAGUACCAAUCCAAUUCAAGAACACAUUGAUGCUUGUGUGAUGAAGGCUGUGACACCUUUAGAGCAGCAACUCCAACAUAUGAAAGCAAUUGUCAACGCACUCACAUCACAAAUCAAUAAUGCUCCUAAGGUCACUCACAACAGGAUGGGUAAAGAGACUUUUGAUUGGUACAGCCUCAUGCCUGCACAGCCCUCUGGUAGCCUGCCUCAAGAUGAACAUGAGAUACAAGUCUUAGCAACUCGUUUAGCAGUCAAUUUCUCUGAACUUCCUGCGGAAGCUGUCACUGAGCAAUAUCAGAUACACUAUGUGCUGACUCAGUUUGCAAUUUGGCCGACACUGCCACCUGCCCAGCAGUUAGCAACCUACAGAAUGGCUCGCAUGUUAUACACUGCCAUCAAAAAAGGGUGGCCAGUGGCAAUACAGGAUGAGCAAGACUUGGAAGAGGCAGCUGCCAUUGAGGAAUUAGCUGUGCCCCCUCGGGUUACCACUGGAAAGCGAUCCAGCCCAAGAGGUAUCUUGAUGCCUCAGGGAAGGUCAAGGCGUUAAAAAGAAUGCUCCUUUUCGUACAUUGAUGACUGUGUUACAUUUUGAAGUGCCUCUUAUAAUCAAAUAAGUAUGAUUAAUUCUUUCUUAAAAUAUUCCUCUCUGAAUUGAGUCUUAGGUGGGCUUAUCCUAGAUGAGAUUCUUGUUAAAUUUGUGGACCAUGGUUGUUAAAAUAUUUCUGAUUAAAAAAUGAAAUGGCAAUUGUUUGGAGUCAUUUUAGUUAACUUGAAAUGGAGAUCACAUAUUUAAACUCUGUUGUACAAUUUGUCCUCCAUGAUCGUAUUGGUGUCUACUUAGAGACAAACGAGUCCUUUUUUUGUUUUAUUUGUGUCUUUGUGUGUGUGCGUGUGUGUAUUUUUGUUGUUGUUAUAAGAGGAAGGAGGAGUCAAUUGUGUUCCAUGGUGACUUAUGGAUAAGCAUGAACUUGAAAUUUCUCUGUGAAAAAUUGUUCCUUUGUUAGUAAAGUUUGUGUAGUCUGAUUGUGUUGCUAAUGCAUCUGUAUCACCUUGAGAGGAGGGUGCCCUCCUCUCAAGGUAUCAUUAAGUUCCUGAGCUGAAGCUGUUCAGUGUCUCUCACCCUUCCAGUUUGUUCCAUUUUAUGAUGUUUAUUCAUAGUCAUUUGAUCUGACAAGUCUGUGUCAAUAUUUUUUGUCAUUUUUAUUGACAACUUUUAUCUAAUGUAAAAAUGUGCAAUGUCAUCUUAAGGUUUCUGUGGCAGUGCAUUAGUUACAUGAAGAUAAAACUCCAGCACACAAAGUAGGUUUUUUUCCCCUUGUAGUUGUAUAAUGUAGUCAUUUUCUUUUGUCUGAUUUAAGUAUUUUCAUGCUACCCUGUAGUCCCCUCUACACUAAGGCAGUUGUGAAAGUAAAUUAGUUGCAGGUGUUGUCCAGUAUUAGUGUUGUUACAAAAUAUAAUUUUUUACUGCUGAAGGUAUUGUUGAUAUCAGAAAACAAAUUGAAAUAAUACUGAACAGAAGUAUACUAAUCAUCGGGUAUAAAAAUAUUGUAAUUUCAGAAGGUGUCCCAUAAUCAUUAUAUUUUUACAUAGAGUAGAGUGAUAUUUUCAAUAUUUAUGCAUAUGUUUGAUUCAAGUUUUGAUUGGUAAGAAUAUUGUCUUUGUUGAUGGGAAUCAUGAAAUUGUAGAAACAUGAUUUUCAACAAUGAGGAGAAGUUGAACCAGUCUAAUAAUCUUGUGCACAAGACAUCCACAUGAUGCUAUCCUUCCAUUUCUAGCUAGGAACAUGUAUAUAUUUUAGAUGAUUUUGGAGCACCUCUAUUCAAUGGAAAAUGUUUGUGAUGAUAGUCAUCUUUUGUGAUUCUAGUCUUUGAAAUGCUUCCAUUUGAGUUUUGUUGGUUCAUGUGUAGAAAAUGGUAUAGCACAAAUCAAUUUCCACUUUACAAUGGCUAAAGGGUGAAUGAACUAUACAUGAAGAUCAUUAAUUUUUAUAUUGAAACUUUGUACUAAUGUUUGUAUUACAAUUUAUUUGACUGUGAAAUGAACCGUUAGGUUUCACUGUUUUCUAUGUGUGGAGUUCUCCGAGAUGUUGAAAAUAUAUAAAUGAUUCUUGUGUUAUGUUA